ACAGGAAGCAAAGAACACAUUGUAGAUCAGGCUUAAAUGGCUGCUGCACGCAUAGAACGUGGAAACAUGAUAGGAAGCGAUGCGAUAAAUUUCUAGUUCUUAUGGAAAAACAGCACAUUGAUUGGCUACUGCGUCGCUUCUUGGCGUGUGACAAGCAUUUCCGCAUUCUUUAUACUGAGAAAGAAGCAGUGGUAAAAACGUUGGAUAAUCGUUCGAUGCCACGUUUGAAUAAUGUCUGUCGAACAUCACAGCGGCAAAGGUUACACGCCUCUACCACAAAGUAUAAGUAAUACCGACACCGAGGAUGAGGAGGAACGUUUAACUCAACCUAAUGAUAUUACCUACAAAGUCGAUAAUAGUACAACAAUAGCGGAAUUGCAUUCAAAUCAUGAAAAUGGUGUGUUUUAUCCAUUGGAUGAGACAAAAAAUCUGGGGAAUAACACGAGAAAUAGACAAAGCACAAUUAAAUACUAUAGAGAUGAUAUACCGAUAAUGGUGGUUGAAGGAAACGAGCAAAAUGAUUUUUGGAAAAGGAAGAAUAUGUCACCAAUUAGACGCUUUUGCUUGUUUGUAUCAAUACUAUUGUGCAUUGUUACAAUAGUUAUCUUUUUAUAUGUAUUACCUUGUGACAGUUCAAUGGUCUGUCCACCAGUUAUUGAGCCACAAUCAUCAAUAUCAUGGGAUAAAACAUUGCAAGGUGUAGAGAUACAAGGGCCUAUUACUAUAGUACCUGGAUUCCCAUACAAUUUAAUAUUUCUUCUUCACGGUGAAUGGUAUAAGAAUAAUGAUACAAAGAAUGGAAUAUUACAUCAAAGACAGAUACCACCAGAAGGAGGAGGAGUCAUGUCAAUGCAAGGGAGUAGUGGCUUGCCGCUAUGGCUGGUUCCACUAAAAAGAUUGCCUACUAUCAUAGAUUGUACUAGUAUUGACAUAGAUCGGUCUGGAAAGCCUGACUGCAUUGUUGCUGGUGAACAAGGCCUACUUGUUAGCAUAGAACCAAUUGCUGGAACAAUUCAUUGGACUUCAACCAUUCAUACGUUUCCCAAAUUACCAGUCAUCCUACCGGAUAUCGAUGCGGACGAUAUCGAAGACUUAUUGAGUAUAUCAGUAGACAAUGCUAAUGUGUCAUCUUUUAUUCUGCUAUCAGGAAAGACUGGCCAGUUACUGGGACAUUAUUUAGUUAAUAACUGCACUUCUAUUGAUAUAUAUAAUCUUGUUUCCAAUAGCAGCAUAUCUUAUAGCUGUUACGAUGAUAAAGCAAAACAUUCGACGAAAUUCAUGUCUCUGAAAGGUUUACUCCAUAGUGUAAAAAUAUCACAGGCGUAUACAAAACUCGCAGCUAAAUUAACGGCAUUGCCACGACUUUUCGAAAUAGCUAAAGUGUCGGACGAAGAAUACAUCUGGAAGCCUACGCUUUAUCAUCACUUGACUAUAGAAAAUGAAGGGGUAUGUCCGGGGCAACUCUGUCGAACUAAUGUGAAUCUAACUUUGCAAAAAUUGACGAACGAACAGAUAACUAUUUGGGAUUACGUGAGCUCGAAUACGUUCGCAUCGAAGCCGGCAUUCCUGAUAACUUCGGAUAAACCUUACACUUGUGGGUUUGCCAUUAAAUUUUGGCAGUGGAUGGACUCGCCAUCCGAUCAUGUAGAAAAAACGUCCGUUACGGAGCAGAGGUUCGUAGAAAGGGUUUUAAUAGUUUUCGUGAACUAUACAGAUGUACAAGCUAUUAACGCUAGUCAAAGUGACUUAACGCAAUUGUGCCAUGGUCUUAACUGCCAACCCGAUUUAAAUUCGCGGGAGCAGUUCAGUUCCAUCGCCGUCAAGUAUAUCAACAACGAUGAAUUUCCUGAACUAAUAAGUUACUGGUCCUCGUAUGAUAUAGACUCAACGAAAGUCUUGACAUCGAAAGUACAAGUUAUCAAGAUGGAUUCCGUGAUGUCUAAUUUAUUAUACGGAAACGUUUAGUUUUGUUAAACAAUUUUCGUUCAUCUCGUGUUAAAUGACACGAUUGCGCUUGCAUUUCGCUAAAUCAUUUAAUAUAACAUUGCUUCACAUUAAGAUCAAAUUUAUUCUACAUAUUUGAAUAGAAUUAUUCAAAUUUCUUCCGAUUUUAUUUUUACUUAUUUUUUUUUA